CGUUGACAAAUGGUGAUUAGUCCACUAAACAAUGUACAACCCGGCAAAAUGUAAUGUUAUACUGUAUAUAUAUACUGGUGGAGGGUUGAUCUAUGCCAAGUCUUUACCAAGUUAGAAACUCUUGGCGGCGAAUGCAGAAAUAACACGUCAAUCUCUUACAUAUAUGUUGAUCAGCUGCCUAUCUCUGCCUGUAAUCCAUCCUGAUCCUGAUCAUAUAUAUAUAUAUAGCUAGAAUUGUUGUAUAUAUAGAAAUCAUGAGCAACACGAUGAGGCCAAGGAGUAAAGUGAUGUUUAAUUUGGUUUACGAUAGGGGAUGAUCUAUAUAUGUGAUUGAAUAGUUACAUAUCUUUAUGAUCUUUUCAACAUGAACAUUUCAAUCUUCCUCUAAGCUCCAUAUAUUUUGUAAUUUUAUUUCCACACACACACACACCACACAAAAUGGAUGGUAUUGGUAAUGGUAUUGGUAUGAUGAAGAAGAGUAAGAGCAAAAGGCUGGGAAAAGCUGCAGGGAGUAAGAAAGGAAGCCUGAUUACAAAAACAUGGGAGCGAUGCAAGUCCAUAGGACGAGGUACAACCACAAGGAUCACAAGGAGCAAAUCAUGGCCAAGCCGUGGCAAAAGUACUACUGUUGUGGCCCCAGAAGGUUGCUUCUCGGUCUAUGUGGGGCAACAAAUGCAAAGGUUCGUGAUCAAAACUGAAUACGUGAACCACCCUUUGUUUAAGAUGUUGCUUGAAGAAGCUGAGUCAGAAUAUGGUUAUAGCAGCCAAGGCCCUAUAGUCCUUCCUUGCAACGUUGAUGUGUUUUACAAGGUGUUGAUGGAAAUGGAUGAAGAAACGUCUACUCCUGAUCAGCCUCAGCCUCAUGGAUGUGCUUUUGUGAAACAACGUUCUCGCUCCUCCUAUCAUCUUCCUAGCCCUUCCCGAAUGCUUGCCAUAAACCACUUGUGAUUUUUAAUCAAAACUUAAUGCAUGUAUCUACUAGAGUGAUGUUUUUCUUUCUUUCUUUUCUCGAUCUGUAGGUUGAAAAUUAAUAAACGAUCGAGUGUGAUGAUGGUUUGUCCUAUUCGGAUUUUCAUAUAUAACUUUUCCAAUUUGUCUA